UUGACAGCUGGCCUAUGGUUUCUGCAUUUUGUUAAGAAGCACCUCAUGCAAGUGAGGGACCUGGGACUGCUCACAGCCAGGUGGCAUUUUUCUGAGGUUGUUCAUUAAGACUUCCCAGCAUUCCUACAGAUAUAAAUAGGUGAGGCCGCAGGCGGUGCUCUGGGUCCGGGAGCGCUGUCCCCAGCAUUAACGCGGCCAGCGGCGGGAGUGAAUGACUGCAGCUGCGACUUCCUUCCCGGGCCGCCCGAGCCUCCUUCCCCACCGACUUUCUUGUUUUGAUUAACUCCGUGGACUCCUGACUCUUUCUUCGCCUGGAACAUCAAUAUGUGUCAUGUCAUUGUCACCUGUCGCUCGAUGCUCUGGACCUUGCUGAGUAUUGUGGUGGCUUUUGCCGAGCUCAUUGCCUUCAUGAGCGCAGACUGGCUGAUCGGGAAAGCGAGGAGCCGCGGCGGCGUGGAGCCGGCGAGCCCGGGCGGGGGCUCCCCAGAGCCCUACCACCCCACCCUGGGCAUCUACGCCCGCUGCAUCCGGAACCCAGGGGUGCAGCACUUCCAGCGGGACACGCUGUGUGGGCCCUACGCCGAGAGCUUCGGCGAGAUCGCCAGCGGCUUCUGGCAGGCCACAGCUAUUUUCCUGGCUGUGGGAAUCUUUAUCCUCUGCAUGGUGGCCUUGGUGUCCGUCUUCACCAUGUGUGUACAGAGCAUCAUGAAGAAAAGCAUCUUCAACGUCUGUGGGCUGUUGCAAGGAAUUGCAGGUCUAUUUCUUAUCCUCGGUUUGAUACUCUACCCUGCUGGCUGGGGUUGCCAGAAGGCCGUAGACUACUGUGGACAUUAUGCAUCUGCCUACAAACCUGGAGACUGCUCCUUGGGCUGGGCCUUUUAUACCGCCAUCGGGGGCACAGUCCUCACUUUCAUCUGUGCUGUCUUCUCCGCACAAGCAGAAAUUGCAACCUCUAGUGACAAAGUACAGGAAGAAAUUGAAGAGGGGAAAAACCUGAUAUGCCUCCUUUAGUUUGGAAGAGACAAUGCCAUUUUCUCCCUUGAGUAAUCUUGUGAAACAGUCCACAGUUUCAUCAUUUGAGUCAAGUGGAGAACUAACCUUUACCUACCAAAGCCACGUUCCACGGCCCGAGGCUUAAACAGGACCAAUGAGAGGCCACAUCCAGCUACGCAAAGUUACUGGACAUGCGGUCUGCAGUGCACGUUAUAAGGAAUGGAACAUGAAAAUAGUAUAUAAUCCCUGACCUGGAAUUGCCAAGUUCUGUCAGACCCCAUCUCCCCCAGGUUCAAUGAAGGAUAAUCUAAAUCAUUAGGGCAGCAGUUUCUCUGGUAACGGAAGAGACCGUCUGCCAGAUUUGCAGGCUGUUUCUGCUCCAACACUGCUCGUUUGUGAGCAUCUCUGCCUCAGAAUGGGGUUUUGGGUUGGAGUUUUUGUUUUCCUCUGUUCUUUCAAGGUGUCCCCAACGAACAGAAAACUAUAAAACUUUUACUGGGGACAGGAUGUGUGCUAAAGGGCACAGCAAGACACUGUCUUUUGCUUAGCUGACCAAAGGGGUCAGCAGGGAUGGUGUGGAGUCAUGCUGUGGAACUUAUUCUAGGCUGAAUCCUAGGGUAAGGUGGAUCAACUGAACUGUCACUCCAGAGAUUUUAGAAAUUUGAGUAAAGAAACAAUAAGGACCUAUACAAUCAUAUGAGAACAAAAAUAUGAAAUCUUCCUAGUGAAGACGUAUUUUUUCCUCUUCCCAGCAGCCAGGCUAGCACCAGUUCUGGCCCAGUCCCUUUUCUUCUAAGGUUAGGAUUGUGCUUUGACUGCCAAAGGAAACCUCACUCUGUUUCCUCCUUCCAGGGUCUGAGGUCUCCAAGCUUAGCUGUGGCUCAUUCAGAUGUUCACCGGGAGGACCUGCCAGAAUCUCGGCACUUGAGGGGAGACCUUUCCUCCCUGUUUGGUGACCAUGCUGUAGUCAGCUCUAUUUCCAAUCCCGACAGUAGCAGAAUGGCAUUCUACAACGAAAAGAAGCUAGUUAUGGGAGUUAAGUUUUUGUAGUUACUGGUGUUGAUCCUGAAAGCAGACUGAGAUAACAUUAAAUUGCUGCAACUGAAGAACUGCAGCCAAGACCUUAAUUCCAGGAAAGCACAGAGAACAAAGUUAAUUCAAAAAGAGGAGCUAGAUCAAGGUCACAGCACUGCCUACAUCUGUUUACAAAAAGAAUCAAAUACCACUAUGAAUAAGGAUUCAGGGGCUUUUAAUCUACUUUCCAUAAAUUACCAAUAUCACUGAUUCAGGAAGAUAGUAUCUCAGAAUGACCACAGCAGCGCAGAAACAAGCUACUCUGACAUUAUGGGAGCUUCAAAAUUGUAUCAUGAUACAGAAACACUCCUUAGCACUUUAAGAAAGUGAGAUGGAACUGCCAGAUUUCUGGAAGGAGAAAAAGUGUAGGUAUUUGGGUUCAUUAAUCUGCUCACUUUGACUUUGUUUUGAAAAAGUACCUUCUGUGGACAAGGUAUUGUGUGUUGUGCUACCAGCUAUACAACCCUGAUUUCAGAUUUUGCAACCUUGCCCCAAGUGAGUCAUGUUAAAGCUGUCUGAGUCUAAAGCACCAUAUCUUGGUGCAGAACAGAUAAUUACACAGAGAUGGAAUGGGACAACCAAAGUUUUACUACAUUCUGGUGUUUGGCCUAUAUAAGAAACCAUCUUCUCUCACAGAUUAAGGGCUAAGGGCAAAAGGGGUGGGAGAUGUGGAACUAGGUCUUAAUGAGUUUCCCAUUCUUGAACCAAAAUUCAAAGUGAGUGAGAUGUAAAUCCUGUGAUUUUAGUGAAGAAAAAAACGGGUAUCUUCAUAGCAGCCUAGGAAACCUUAACCAUAUCUCUACCACCACACAGAAAGAGGCUGGAGGAGCCACUGGACAAAGCUCCUGUCUCUGGGUGUACAUUUAUAAUGUUCUAACCAAGUCUCUCUCAAACCUUGGCAAUAAUUUUCAUUAAAAGCAAUCCCAUUCAUCAGACAAAUCUUGAUGAAAAACACAAAAUUUUUCCAUAAACUUAUCAGAAGACUCUUUUUUCUUUUUUUCUUUUUUUUUUUUUUUUUUUUUUGAGACAGAGUCUUGCUCUUGCCCAGGCUGGAGUGCAGUGGCGCGAUCUCGGCUCACUGCAAGCUCUGCCUCCAGGGUUCAGGCCAUUCUACUGCCUCAGCCUGCUGAGUAGCUGGGACUACUCAGGCGCCCGCCACCGUGCCUGGCUAAUUUUUUUUGUAUUUUUAGUAGAGACAGGGUUUCACUGUGGUCUCGAUCCCCUGACCUCGUGAUCCACCCGCCUCGGCCUCCCAAAGUGCUAGGAUUACAGGCGUGAGCCACCGCGCCUGGCCUCACUUUUUUCUUUCUUUCUUGGAUAGAGAAACCAUUUUCUGACAGUAGGUUUACAAUCUCAGUGUCCUUACAAGUUAAGACCUAAGCUCAGAGGAUCCUCCGAGCAUGUCCAUCACCUGCUCUUUGGCUACGGUGGCAGUGUACCUCUAGAUCAGUCACAAGGGAGUGUGAUUUCUUGGCCAUAAUAAACUCACUUGACAGUGUUUAUGUUAUUAAUCUGAAUGCAACAGAAGACAAAAGCACAGGCAUGCAGACACAGAAAACCCCAAACCACUAAAAACUACCUAAACACUGACUUAGUAAAUAGUAAAAAGGUAAUGUUGGGACUUUUAAACCUUGAAUCCAUUAGCCAGGCUUAGGAUGAAAGGACCAUCUAAAAUCAUGCUAGUCUAAACCAUACUCUUCCACACAGCUGUUUAAAAGCCACUGGGUAUGAGGAAUAUGCUAGAAAGAAAUGUUAAAAAUAGAUUGUUGGCCCACACUUGUUUUUCUAAUAAAUAGGACCAUUAUUACUACCAGGAAAGUCUUAUUUAUUUUGCCUGAAUUGGUGCUUAAAGAAAGUCUCAUGAUGGGAUGGGAUGGGCUGCGCUUCUCAAUGAACUCUGAGGCAGAAAUAUAUUUGCCUUGGAUUCUGUGGAUUCUUUAAACCUGUGUGCUAAUAAUUCAAACAAUGUUGCAUUAAUUGUAUAAGGGUUUUUGUAUAGUUUUCAAACAUCUGUGGUGUAAUGAUCUUUGUUAAACAUAUAUUCUGUAAAGUGCCAUAGUCUUUUUUUAUGUGUAGCAUAUUUAAAAAUAUAUAUGUAUAUUAUACAUACACAGGUUUGUGUGAAAGAUGUGCAAUAACAAAGGUGUAUGUAUGUUUUGUUGUUUUGGAAACUGGACAGGAGUCAAAACAGGGAUGUUUCUGUUUUGGCAAAGGAGAGUUCCACAUUUUUGCCUUCAUGGCUUAUUCAGUAACCCAUAAUUUUAAUGCUACACAAAUCUUAUGUGAAGAAAAGACUGGUAUGAAAUCAUUUUUUCCUGGGUCUAAAAUAAUCACUAGAGUUGUGUCAAAGUUAAGCCCGCACGCCAGGCCCAGUUAAUGCUAGUCUUUCAUGUGAAAUGUGAAGCUGCCAUGUUGCCUUUUCUCUUAGUAGGAUAACUAGUAGCUGGUACAUAAUCACUGAGGAGCUAUUUCUUAACAUGCUUUUAUAGACCAUGCUAAUGCUAGACCAGUAUUUAAGGGCUAAUCUCACACCUCCUUAGCUGUAAGAGUCUGGCUUAGAACAGACCUCUCUGUGCAAUAACUUGUGGCCACUGGAAAUCCCUGGGCCGGCAUUUGUAUUGGGGUUGCAAUGACUCCCAAGGGCCAAACGGCACAACUGGGAUUUCUUCUGAGACUGUGGUGAAACUCCUUCCAAGGCUGAGGGGGUCAUUAGGUGCUCUGGAGGGACUCGGCACCACUUGAUAUCCAACAGCCACUUGAGCCAAAUAUAAAAUUGUAUUUACAGCUGAUGGACUCAAUUUGAGCCUUCAAACUUGUAGUUACCCUAUUAUAUUGUAAACUAAUACAUUGUCUAGCAUUGAUUUGGUUCUUGUGCAUAUGUAUUUUCACAGUGUGCUCCCCUCCCCAGAUCUUAAUUAAACCAGAUUUUGCAAAUUCAUUCUUAUUCUUUCAA